AUGUCGCAGAAAUUAUUAGUCAAAAGAAAGAGACGAACAGAUUCAGAGAAGCGUCAGUUUAUUACGCAUAAAUACUUCAUAAAUGAAGGAGAAGGCAAACGGUCUGUCUGCCUUCAAUUUUUAUGCAAUACACUAGAUGUUUCCCAAAUAUACUAUACAGUAAGCAACGCUUCAUUUGGUUCUGCUAAAGAAGAUCUACGCGGAAAGUCCAUACCACCUAACAAGACCAAAGAAUGUACUAAAUUGGCGGUAAUUAAUUUUAUUAAGAGUCUUCCGGCUGUACCAUCUCAUUACUGUCGAAAAAAUUCAUCCCGAUUGUAUCUUCCACAAGACUUUAAAAAUUUAACUAAACUCUAUCAGAUAUACAAAAAGAAGAAUGUAUUGCAGGGAAUCGAUGUAGUGGGCGAGAGAAUCUUUCGAAAUAUUUUUCAAGAAAAUUUUAAUAUUGGGUUUCACGUGCCAAAAAAGGACAAGUGUUUACAAUGUAUUCGGUUUGAACGGUUGGACAUGGACAUUGCCGAUGAGGCUAUAAAACAAGCUAAACUAGAUCAUGUUGAAGAAAAAAACCACUCAUAUAAUCGUUUUAAAAUGCAUCAAAAUAUUCAAAAAACUGACCCAGCCACUUUGUGCAAAAAAGACGUGCAUAAAAUAACCAUUAAAAAUUCAAUGAAUGAAAAAGCGUCCAGUUUUAAAAUAGAAGUGCAAAUGAGAUUAAAAGCUACACCCACUAGCUGUUACAAAUCACUUCUUCCAAUAUCUAAACAAAAAUACGAUGAUCUCAACAAACUUUGCAUAAAUAAUGUUAUACCACCAAUUUUUCAUCACGAAUUUAUGAACAUUCCAACAGCAACUGUGAAAGAUACUUUACCCGAUUCUGAUAUAGAAGACGAAUUUGAGUAAUUAUUUAUUUUAAACAAAUAUUAUUAACAAAU